AAGGAUCAGUCAGAGGAUAAACAAACGGCUCUCCAUGGCAUCGUUCUUGGGCGAACCUGCCCCCCUGACGCAAGCAGACGAAAAGAGGCUGGAAGAGGAGAGGAUGCUUAAGGCCGAAGAGGAGCGCAAGUUGGACGAAGAAGAAAAGGAGAUGCUCAAGCGAGGUCUAUUUAACUGGAGCGAGUUGAAAAGCUGGAGGUUCUGGAUCCGGAAAGAAUGGUGGAAAUGGUAUAUCAUCCUCGCUCUAUGCGCAGUCGUCGCUGCUCUCUUCACUAUCUACCACGAUCAAAUCGUGAAGUGGCUAACUCCUUAUGCUCAGAAGCUGAAAGAACUACCCGGCGGAUGGGCCAUCCCGAUCGGAGUCAUCUUCGUCGUAUCAUUCCCUCCACUCUUUGGAGGCGAAGUCGUCUGCCUCUUGUGCGGUCUGGUAUGGGGCCUGUGGAUCGGGUUCGCCAUCGUGUGCGCCGGGACUUUUCUCGGAGAGAUGGGCAAUUUCUUCCUGUUCAAAUACACCCUUCGCGGAUAUGCUGCUAAACUUGAGCGUAAAAAUCUCAACUAUGCGCUCAUGGCGCAUGUCAUCCGUGAGGGAGGAUUCAAAGUCGCCAUGAUCGCUCGAUUCAGUGCGAUCCCCGGUCACUUUUUGACGGCCAUCUUCUCGACGUGCGGAAUGUCAGUCCUGUCUUUCGCCGUAGGGACCGCGCUUUCCCUUCCCAAACAACUUGCUAUCGUAUACCUGGGUGUCUUGAUCGGUGCACAAGACCAGUCAAGCAAGGACAAGAUUGUGUCCUAUACGGUACUGGCCGUCGGAGCUGUUGUUACCAUCGGUGCCAUGUGGUACAUCUACGCACAGAUGAACAAGGCCAAGAUUCCGGUUUGGCGGGCUCGAAGAGCUGCGCUUGCCGACAAAGGGAUGGACCUUAGUUCAUUACCCAAAGAACCACCAACAGAGGAUGGUAUGCGCCAUGUAUCGCGACCCGCUCUCCUUGCCACGACAUCACUCGAUGACACCACGGAUCCGAUUCUAUACAAUGCUCAAGCUCCCGCUGGCAGCCCUCUCGACAGGACCUACUCGACACCGUACGACAAGUCUGGCUACAACCAGACGGGGAUGGCUUCCCAAUCCUCUGUCAACAUGUCAGGCGAUAUGGGAUCGAUCGCGAUGCAGGACCUACCUUCAGGAUACCAAGGUCGGCCUCCACCUGACAACCAGUUUCCUCAACCCAAUCCAUAUGUGCCAGCGAUGGGCCGUCAACCUUCAAAUGCAUCGGCCUUGACGGUGGCGGCAGCUCCACCCGGUUACCUCGACCCGCCCAUGGUCCAGUUCCCAGAACCUCGAACGAGGUCUCACAUGACUGAUCAACCUCGACAAACUCUCACCGCCCGGUCGAGCGAAGAUUUCGGACCUGAAGUACCGCUAACGGCGAGACCAGAGGGUUCGAAUCAGCCGGUGUCCUUGUUUGACAAAGGUCCAUCUCGCAUAUAGAAAUGGACAUCUGGACUGUCGUCUAUAAGAACCUACUCCGCGAUCCCCUCGUAUAUCUCUGGAUUGACCUAUACCAUUUCCCCUACAACUAACUCCCCAGAACAUUGACAAGCGGGA